AAGAGAAGCCGGGGCGCGGCACCGGUUUUGAAAGCGAGGCUGCUGGGACUACUGGUGUAGCAAAGGUCCCCCGGUUCCGAACCCUACGGCUCAGUCGACGCGGCCGGAGACCGGCGAAUUGCCAUGCAAUCUCCCGGCGGCGGCGGCGGCGGCGGCGGCGGCGGCGGCGGCCGGGCCCUGAGUCCCACCACCCCGGGCUACAGAGACAGCUUUGCCCAAGAGGCCGAGGUCAUUGCCGAGCAGCUGCAAGGUCACGGGGGAGCAGAUGUAUCCACCAUCGAGGCUGAGCUCCUACCUCCAGACUUGACAUCCUCUGCUUCUUUUCUGGACCCAAUGCCCAGUGGCCAGGGCCAGGGCCAGGAGAGUGCUAGCCCACUUGCUCCCCCUCCAGACCCCGAGCAGGAACCUUCCCUGCUCUCCCCCAGUGCCCUGGACCUUCCCUUUCUCAAAGGGUCACCAGCCCUGGAGGAGGCUGCCAGUCCUGCUGAGCUGGGCAGAUGGCAGCUUAAUGUGACCAUGGAGCUCCCUAGCCCAGCUCCUGAUGCCUCACAGGCUGGUGAGCCUUUGGCCUUGGCCCCCCAAAGUCCACCAGGCCCCCAGGUAAGCACUGAGCUCAACCAGACCUGUCUGCUUAGCUCAGGUGCUCCUGCCCAAGAAGUGGCCCAGCCAGAGAGUGGCCCUGCCCUAGAAGAAAGAGCCCCCAGGGAUCUCCCUGAUGUGGAUGUGCCCGGCAAUAAGACUUUUUCAUUUAGCCCGGCCACUGCCUUUGUGACCUCCACUCCACGGGGUGCCACCGCCGCAGCUUCAGGGGAGCUGAAACUGCUCCAGGGGGUUUCUGGCUUCUCUUUCCCAGAGAGCCCCCCAGCUCAAGAAGCACCCAGGAUGGCCCAGGCAGAGCAGCCCAGUGCCAGACGCCCCCAGGGGCCUCUGGCCUCUGCUGGCAACCUCCCCAAGGCCACCCCAAAAAGUGGCCCUUUGGGGAAGGUGGGCCAGGAAAAACGGUCCCUGGGUGGGGCCAUUCUAGCUGUGUCCAGGAGGGGGUAUCAGGGCCAUCCUUUGCCAGGGCAGAAGAGAUGGUCAGCCAUCCCCUACAAAGGCUCCCGCUUGCCUGUCCCGCUGAAGGGCAGGAACAGUGAGGCGGGCAGGAUGAAGGAAGCAGAGCCGACAGCCAAAGCAGGGAAUAGCCCCCCCCCAGCAGCCAAGGUAGCUCAACUCCUCCACAGCCAAUCAGUGCCACCUCCAUUCUCCUUGCAUCAGAGAGGUUCCAGUGCUCGAGACCCCAAGUCCAGGGAUCCCCAGGCAGCUCGAAUUUCAAGGACUUUGGUCCCUACCCAGGGUGCCCAUUCCAGAGCCCCCUCUAAGACAGUUCUAGAUGUGCAGCCCCCCCAGCAGGACAGGAAGCUCCAACCUUCUCCGGGGCCCUCAUGCCCCCAGUGCCUUGUGCUGCAGAAGCAAGUAGAGGACCUCAAAAGCCAGCUAGCUGCCAUGCAGUGCCUUAGUGGGGAGCUCCAGGGCCUUCAAGGCAUGGCCCAGGAUCCAUCCACAGCAAAUACCAGGGGCACCACCUGAACGUUGGAGCCCCAAGACUCCAGGGCCUCCUCCCCCCCAAGGCUGGCCCUACCUUGGAGCCUUUCCAGGUUCUAUCUCCCUACCCCACCCCCACUUCCACUCCCCAUCCUAGUCCACUGGAGCAAAGCACCGUGGGUGGGGUUCGACCAUUUCUCAGUAGAGAGCUGGCUGGAGCCCUGUUUCAGCAGGAUGCUGAACCCAUCCCCACUCGAGCCUCUAUUCCCCCAACUUAGAUGGACUGCCAUUGUCUUUGAAGGUGUAAGGAAGACAUACCAGCAGAGAGCUGGGUUUGAGGUUCACUUCUGACACUUCACUAGCUGUGUUACUUAAUCUCUAAAUUUCUCAUUUAUAAAACAAGGCUAAUGAUAA